AGUUGAAGAAAGAAACUCUUGGUAGUCGACCGUACCAAAAAAUUCAAAAACAUCAAUUAUGUGGGCCUCCGACUUCUUGAACGCUGAGCCGGUUGCAAAAACCUAUUUGACGCACCUGAAAGCCAACAACCUUUUUCUCCGCUACUGGUUCCGCGAAAACUAUCUCCCGCCCCGGUGUCGCUCCGGCGCGUUGCUUCGUUUGAUACGCCUGUUUCUCGCGCUUUCCAUCUACCUAAUCAUCACCUCCCACGUGGUCGACUAUGCGAAUUGGGAAAAUGGGAAGCUGUGCAUGCGACUAUGCAUUGGAAAAGUAUCGUACUAGUAUAAAUUGCAUUGCAAAUUUUAUCAGAAAGAAAAAUUGAAUUUGUAAUGCUAAUUCAGGUGGUAAAAAGGUAGGUUUGUCAUGCAAGAUUGCAAUUAGUACGAGUGCGAUACUUUUGCACAGGAUAGCGACGCCUGGACUGCAAAAUCAGCUGUGUGUUGGAAAACUUUCCCAUAUCCAGGAAAAAACACCCAUCCCAUCCAUUUUUUUGCAUGGCAAAUAGUGGAUGUUAUGCAUGUUUUGCAUGACAAAGUGUAUUGGGAUGGAUAUUUUUUCCUGGAUACCCCACGCUCUCCUGCUUCCUGAAAACCGGUUUUUCGAUCUACUACGGCGAUAACGAGUAUUCCAAACUCUACGACUUCCACCUCGGGAGACGGCACGAAGCGAAAUCCGUGACAACCACCUCCGCCAUCGCAGCCGAUGCGGAACUCGAAUCUUCCAAGGCUUUCAAUGAGUGCCGCUACGUCGCGUUCCCGAAUGAGAAAACGUCGCUCGUGGACGAGGACCGGUUUUUGACCAGCAGCCUCCCGGAAACACGAAACACCAACUCGUUGCAAAGCUACCAGGGAAGGCUACCGAGGACGCAAGUCUGUUUCCCGAACUGCCGAGCGACUGUUCCUUCCUAUCCCGGUAUCCACCAAGAAAAAAACUGUGUAAGUGCUGUAACUUUGUGUUGCAUAAAAUGCAAAACUGCUACAUUUUCAUGCUGGACAUGCAUCAGAGGCAAUUUUCGCGCGUGUUUUCACGUACCAGCUACGCAUGACAGGUUUUCUGUGUCAUGCAGAGCAAACUUGUGAUGCUAGUCCUCCAAGAAACUAUGCACUUACACAGUUUUUUUCCUGGAUACCCGGGGAGUCACUGUUCGGAAAGCAGUAUUCGAAAGCUGCGUUGGAGCAGAACACCGUGUUCGUGAAUUACCAACAGGGGCCGUUCUAUGGGAGUGUCAGGAUUGAAGUCGACAAAGUUGAAAUAAUCUGUGAUGCAUAAAAUGCAAGGCAUGAAAAGACGGUCUUGCAGGGAUUGCAAGCGAGGCCGAUUGUGAGCCUGUUUCGGGUUUGGGAUAGAGCUGCUAAGGAAGCAUGACAAAAGACGCCUGCUGUCCCCAAACAGCACGACAAACUGGAUUUAGACGGUGCCGAGAUUUGUCAUGCACCGCUUACAAUUUGGGCUUCCAACUGGUAUCGAUUUUAUGCAUUACAAGUUAUUUCAACUUUGACGAUUUCGAUCCUGGCACUCCCAUACGUUCAACGCAUCACUGAAAACGUUUUUCCCCCACGAGACGGAAUUUUCGGAAUUACCAAGUGGAGUGCAGGCGGUGGUGUCCGCCGUCACGGACCUGGAAAACGAACAAGUCCAGUACUACACGUUGACGGGGGACAGCAGACCAAGUUGCGCUGUCACGUUGGAUAUUCACAGUAUAUCUAUUCCCGGACGCGUACAGAUGCUGUUGCUGUUUCUGCAGCUGCAGGACAAAACGUGCCUUCAAUCUUAGUCACCAGCAUGACAAGUUUAAUGACAAUCCCAGUUAGCGAAAAAUCAAAAUCUCAUGCCUUUUGUACAUGUGGACGUUGAGCGGGAAAUUUGUAUUGCAUACUGGACUCCACGGGGACGGAAAUUUCGAUUUACAACCCAAACCACUUGGUUUGCGUCGACGACAGCGAUGAGUGCGAGAAAAUUGUUUACAAGAACGAAAUCUGCUUCGAUAGCGAUAACACCUGGUGUUUCACGGUGCAGCACAUCAUCCUGGCGAUGUCGAUCGCGCUACCGAUCCUAUCAAAUGCAAAUAUGUCUGGGUCUGGAAGAAUGCAGGAGUUUGUCAUGCAGAUUUUGCAUGACGAUGACCCAUGAGGUCUGUGAUGCAUGCCCUGGCAUCAGAGACUCUGCGAGGGCUUUCCGAUGCUCAUACCGCAUGAGAAAUACCCUCUCCGCGUAGCACAAAUUGCACUUCUUUUGCUGCUCGCGCAAUACAGAUUUUAUGUAGAAUCCAGAGGUAGCACCACAAGUUGCAUCCUUCCAGACCCAGACAUUUUUGCAUUUCAUAGAUCCUGUUUCUCUACAACGUGCUGAUCUUCUAUGACCUGCCCAGGUGCUACAAUCUCAAGCGUUACAAUAGAAUCUGGGACUUGUGUUGCAAGAAGUGCAUGAUCUACCCUACUCCCACAGGAUUACGCAUGACAAGUUCUGGAGUCCCAAUCCGCACUACAAUCUGGCGAAAUUUGUAUUGCAGAAAGUGGAAUGCUGUCCGAGUCUGUCAUGUUGAUCAUGCAAGACAAAUCUCGGAUUCUAUUGUAACGUUUGAGAUUGUAACGUUUGAGCAGGUCAUAUCUUCUGGACGACAAUUCUAGACGAUCGGUCUUUACACUUAAUCGCCUCGGCCGGCGCCCAAGGGAGUGGUCCGGGCGGUGCAGGAGCUGUUCCUGCUGGGACCGGCGAUGGCGCAGGUGGAGGUGGCUCCGCGAGUAAUGGCGGCAACGCGAUUGCAGGG